AUGAGAUUCGGGCAGGAUUUUCACCGUUACCAGGUCCCGGAAUGGGCGUCUUCAUAUAUUCCCUAUGUCUCUCUGAAAAGUAUGUUCAAUACAGCCGUCAGGAAAGCGAUGCAUCAGGGAUCCCAGCCGGAUUUCACGGAGACGCUCGUGUCCCUGGAACGCGGCAUUGAUACUAUGAGCGAUUUCCAUGACGACAAAUAUCAGUCCUUGCUAAACAGAGAAGAUGGAAUACGCAAGAAAUUUGGCCUGACGCUUGAAAGGGGCGAACUGUUGAUGGGCGAGCCUCUGGGCUGCUGCCAGCUGGAAGAGCUUCUCAGUGCUACAGUCGAACUCGGCGAAGAUUUCCAGAAGCUUCAGUGGUACUUUAGGGUGAAUACAGAAGCCAUCAAUAGGGUAUAUUCCAAACUCGAUCGGUGCGGCGGAUUGUCCGGGCAAUUACACCAGCACAGAUCGAGGUGGCUUGAAAGGAAAGCUGAUCGGGACGCCCGACGCGCAAGAGAUGCUGCGAUCUUGAGAAAUCUGAGGGCAGAAAUCUUUCGCUCCCUGGCCUUCACGGACGCUCGUCUUACGGAAGAUGCAGCAAAGCCCACCCAACAGUGUGUGAUCCCCGAUCUGCUGCGUUGCAUCAUGGAGGAUCAGUCUUCAGAAUUGAGCGCCUUGCUUCAGACGCUUUCUUUGGAUUUUGGAGCACAGAGUCCACGCUGCCGAGAGCUCGUCUAUGACAUGGCGGAGCUUUCUCUGACCUACGGCUCCAAAGCGUCAGCGACUUUCCUCCUGUCAGAAGCGUUCCAGAAAUUUGGUGUUGAGAUAGACAACGGUAUCCUGAUCCAUAUGAUCCGUCUUUUGGGCAGAAGUGGCACCUUGAGAAGAUAUAAUGAAGUGGAGAUUCCCUCUCCUUGCGGUCAUAAGAAGCGUCGUAAUGAGGCGGUGACCAGCUGCUUCUUGCACACUGUUCAACAGGUUGGUGAGCAGCAGAAAGACGCACUCCUGGCCAAAGACGUCAUUGGACGCAAUUGUCUUCACUAUGGUGCACUAUAUGGUCUGCAAAUCAUCUGCCAAUCAAUCCUGCAGCCUGGCCUCCUUCGGGAUAUAAAUUACGCCCGACGCUUGAUCGUGUCGGUAGACUCCCAGGGAUAUACACCUUUACACUACGCAGUGAUAAACAAUCACACAGCUAUUACAGAUAUGUUUCUGACUGCUCUUGAGCUCGAAAGAAAAACUAGCAGCGAAAAGACGACCAACGACUUGGUUACUUUACUGGACGAACUUCUAUUUGUCGCUAUUAGAUACCAGUUUAGAGACAUAAUCUACCUACUUGGCAAGCGACACUCCGGCCGUGACACGCAAUCUCCUGAAGCCGAGACUGUCCUGUAUGUGGCUGUCCGAACUGGGAAUGACAGGGUCGUCGAUUUUCUUCUGAGAACCGGCUGGGCUAAGUAUAUCGACGCUCCCGAGACCGCCCGGGGAUGGACGCCACUGUUCAUUGCAUGUGCACAAGGCCACCAAGCAGUGACAAAGCUUCUUUUGCAGGCCGGAGCGAGACAAGACAUAGUCGACCAUAUUGGAUGGACUGCCAAAGAACACGCCGCGCUCAGAGGUCACCUUAUCGUGGCCGAAAUGCUGGAUUCAUGGAGGACGCUCAAUCUCCUUGGCCGUUUACCUAGCAUGCACAUGAAACCUGUGUCUGGAGCACAAGCCCAUCUUUCCCCUCACUGCAGUCAUGUCAUAAUCAACCUAGGUGCGACACAGAAAGGUAAUCUGGCCAAGGCGAUCGUGCUAAACCCCAAUUCGGAAGGGUACAUUAGCACGAGCGACUCCCUUGCUCUUGAAGUGACGGUCUCUGGAGGAAAUAAUACGAGUCGAGUGGUAGAACUGCCCGUCUUGAAUGAUAUGGUCAAUGAACCAUUUGUUUUUGCCGUUUCUGAUCCCGACAAGACUUGGCUAGCCUUCAGGUUGUAUUGCACUGGUUCUCUCCACCCAGGCGGACGAGACCUCCUGGGAAGCGGCAUAGCCUUAUUGAAAAGCCUCAGCGAUUGUUUUGGGGAGGACAGGGAGAGCCUGAUCAGGCAGCGUACAAUACCCAUACUUGAAAAGAACACACUAGUUCUUUUGGGGACCAUCACUUUUACCUUUCUCAUAGCCACCCCGAUGGCUCCGCUGAAUAGCUCAACAGCUCGGGGCACCCCUACGUUCACGACAAGCAGCCUCCAACUUGUUGGCCACAGAGGACUCGGUCAGAAUACCGCUAACCGCAGCCAUCUUCAGCUUGGGGAGAAUACAAUGGAGUCAUUUUGCUUAGCUGCAAAGCAAGGCGCCAGUUAUGUAGAGUUCGAUGUGCAGCUGACAAGGGAUCUGGUCCCCGUUCUUUAUCAUGACUUUUCUCUGAGUGAAUCGGGGACGGAUAUCCCUGUUCAUGAUUUAACUGUCGAACAGUUUAUGUAUGUAAGCAAGCUCCAGUCGCCGCGGACCACAGCAGUAUCCACUCUAGAUGCACGAGAGCCACAUCGGGCUAGGAAUCCUCAUACUCGCUCUUGGUCCUUGACCGAAGAGGAUGGACCACGGACUCAAGAGAUCCAUGACAGGCUGAAGCACACUGUUGACUUUCGAAAUAAGGGCUUCAAGCCGAAUACCCGCGGCGACUGCAUCCAGGAUACUUUUGCCACGCUGGAAGAUGUGCUCACAAAACUGCCCGAGUCGAUUGGUCUGAACGUGGAAAUAAAAUAUCCGAGAAUCCAUGAGGCGGCAGACGCCGGAGUCGCGCCGCUCGCCAUAGAGAUCAAUACCUUUGUGGAUAAGGUUCUGGAAACAAUCUUCCUCCACGCACGGAGUCCCCAAAACAUAAUUCUCUCCUCUUUUACUCCCGAAAUUUGCAUUCUGUUGGCAUUCAAGCAACGCGUGUAUCCAGUGAUGUUCAUUACCAAUGCCGGCAAGCCUCCUGUGAUGGAUUUGGAAACAAGGGCGUCCAGUUUACAGUCUGCUGUUCGUUUUGCGAAGCGGUGGAGCUUGUCUGGCAUUGUCUUUGCCUCAGAGACCCUCAUCAGCUGCCCCAGACUCAUCAGAUAUGUUAAGGGAUCCGGCUUGGCCUGUGGGUCGUACGGACUGCAGAACAACGUCCCAGAGAAUGUGACAGCGCAAGCAGCUGCUGGCAUUGACAUCCUAAUAGCUGACCGAGUUGGACUGGUCUCAGCAGCCUUGAGGGACGGGGCCUAUCUCUAG